AUGGAGGGGGUGAUGGCGCCGCCGCAGCCGCCCCAGAAGCGCUUCUACCGGCAGCGCGCUCACUCUAACCCGCUGGCGGAUCACACUUUGCGCUAUCCUGCCAAGCCUGAGGAAAUGGACUGGUCUGAGCACUACCCAGAGUUCUUCAUGUUGUCACCCAAAGAUGAUCGCCACGAUGACCCAAUGGAUGUGGAAGAGACAGCCAGGCCUUCUUCUCAAGUAGAAUUUGCUGAUAUUGGCUGUGGUUAUGGGGGACUCUUGGUUGCAUUGUCUCCCCUGUUCCCCAACACCUUAAUGCUGGGCCUAGAGAUCCGCGUGAAGGUCUCGGAUUAUGUGCAAGACAGGAUCCGGUCCCUGCGAGCAUCCCACCCUGGGCUGUACCAGAACAUCGCCUGCAUCCGCAGCAACGCCAUGAAACACCUGCCCAACUUUUUCCGCAAGGGACAGCUGCUCAAGAUGUUCUUCCUCUUCCCCGACCCUCACUUCAAGAAGACGAAACACAAGUGGAGAAUUAUCAGCCCCACCUUGUUGGCGGAGUAUGCCUAUGUCCUGCGCGAGCAGGGUCUGGUAUACACCAUCACGGAUGUAGAAGAGGUACACACUUGGAUGGUGAAGCAUUUCCAAGAGCAUCCACUCUUUGAGCUGGUACCAUUAGAAGAACUGGCGAAUGACCCUGUUGUUGAUCUCUUGGGAACCUCAACUGAAGAAGGGAAGAAGGUUCAGAGGAACGGAGGCAAGACCUUCCCGGCUGUCUUCCGACGCAUCUCAGACAAAGCCCUGAAGGAGGUGCUGGAAGCAACACAGGAAGUGACCGGGACGUGACUGGGGG